CGGGUCAACUUUGUCGGAAUAUCUAAUUUCCUGCCAGAUAUCUGUCGUUUCUUGACAUAAGUCCUCAGGAUGCUAUGCUAGACUAAUACCUUAGAAGUCAACAACACUUCUAGUGAGAGCAGCCCUCUGCGACGAUCAACGGAGAGAUUAUUGGAGUCGCUUAUCGUGUUUUACCCGUGAGCGCACCAAACUCGCAAGUCCACGGAUUUCUCAUUGAGUUUAGAGCCGUCGGGUUCUAGGCUGUGGUGGGAUCUCUUCCUAGGCCGGACACACAUUGUGGAUUGCUUUAGUCAAAGACUGCGACCCACGGCGAGUGCUCUCUAGAGUUUAUUUUAUCCACGGCGUUCAAACGCAGCUAUCUAGUGCUGCGUUGUGGUAAGAUACGCGGCGGAUUUUUCUAAUCAAAGAAUCCUUAGGAAAUUCCGAACGAAGAACAAUAAUAUCGGGAGCUUCAACUGUAGAAAUAUGGACGGAAAAUUGAGAUUAGGACUUUGGUUAUUGUUCUCGUGGUUGGAACUAUGCCUUUCACAGGGUUCCCUGCAGUUCCAAGACCAACCAAGCCCUCCACCACGAAAACAAUACCAGAUUCUACAAGGCCCCCAUGUUUGCGGAGGACUCCUCAACCCCAGCUGUUGUCCUGGUUGGCAGCAGCGUUCUUCACUCGGACUCUGUGUAGUACCAAUUUGUCGAUUUGGAUGCGGAACUGGGAUUUGUGUUCGACCUAACGUGUGUCGCUGCCCUCAAGGAAACUUUGCCCCGCAGUGCCCUGGCACCGUUACAGCUCAACGGUGCAAAAUUCUAUGUUUCAAUGGCGGAUCAUGUACAGACGACACAUGUACAUGCCUUAAGGGGUACACGGGACGAUUUUGUGAAACACCUGUCUGUACGGAGCCUUGUCUUAACGGCGGAAGAUGCACUGGACCGGAUGUAUGUGCAUGUCCCUACGGCUUUGCAGGAAAAAGGUGCCAAUCAGAUUACCGCACAGGUCCGUGCUACACAGUCGUAAAGAACCGUAUGUGCCACAGCCAGCUGAUCGGGGUAGUGUGCACGAGGAACUUAUGCUGCGCAACCAUAGGGCAGGCAUGGGGGAAUCCUUGCGAACGGUGCCCGCCAAAACCAGCUCCCUGUGACCGUGGAUUUUUACCAAAUUACAAGACCAAGGCUUGCCAGGAUAUUGACGAAUGCCGCGCGAUCCCGCGCGUGUGUCGUGGAGGCAAAUGCGUGAAUACUGUAGGCAGCUUCAAGUGUGACUGCGGUGCUGGACGCACCAUGGACCCCGUCACCAACAAGUGCGAAGACGUGGACGAGUGUAAGACCAUCCCUAACAUUUGCGCUAACGGUCGGUGUGUCAACACGAAUGGAGGGUACCGAUGCGAGUGCCCGAGGGGUUUUGCGCUCAGCCAGGACGGCAUGUACUGUAUUGAUAGCACGCCAGGCCGCUGCUACAAGCGAAUCGUCAACGGCUACUGCCACAUGGGCUCGUCUCUAAGCACGACACAAGCGGCUUGCUGCUGUUCAAUGAUGCAGUCCAAAGCUUGGGGACCCGACUGCAAGCGAUGCCCCGCCCCGGGCACAGAUGAAUACAACAAGCUCUGUGGUGUCGUACCCUCGGCAAAGCCUCCAGAGGUUGACGAGUGCAGGAUGGAUGCUAACGCUUGCCCUAACGGCCGAUGCAUCGAUAUGCCUAGCGGUUUCAGAUGCGUGUGUAACGACGGCUAUAUUCUACCAACUGGUCGGGAUAAUAAGUGUGUUGAUAAGAAUGAAUGCGAGGCCGACUCUACACUUUGCACGAAUGGACGCUGUGUAAAUACCGAGGGCUCGUACAAAUGCACUUGUAACAACGGAUACAAACCUUCGCCAGAUGGCAAACGAUGUGUGGAUGUGGACGAGUGUACGGAUGAGUCUGUCUGUACUAACGGACAAUGUAUCAAUAACAUCGGUAGCUUCACAUGCACAUGUAGACGAGGUUUUACCCUCAGCCUUGACCGGACGCGAUGUGAUGACAUGGACGAAUGUCGGGAAAAGGACGUGUGUAAAAAUGGUCGUUGUCAGAACGUGAAUGGAGCAUUCCGCUGUAUUUGCAAUAAGGGGUACGAGUUGAGCAGCGAUCGCACACAGUGCGUAGACAUCAACGAGUGCCUGACCCAAGGAGAGAUGUGUCGUAAUGGUGUCUGUGAGAAUACGGAAGGCAGCUAUCGGUGCAUAUGUAACGCAGGCUACGCAGCCAAUGCCGAGGAGAACAAAUGCGCAGACAUCAAUGAGUGCAGUACCAUCCCCGAUGUGUGCAUGAAUGGACGAUGCGCGAAUUCCCCAGGCGGGUACAGUUGUAUUUGUAACAGCGGUUACAUUACCAGCGCCGACGGCCAUCACUGCGUCGACGUUCGUCGCUCACAAUGCUUCGCCAUGUUCGUGAAUGGCCGGUGCACUGAGCCCCUGAUGAAACUGCUGACCAUCUCCCAGUGCUGCUGUGGUAUGGAGAAUGGCGGGAGACGUGGAUGGGACGGGGCCGCGUGUCGGCCUUGCCCACUUAAGGGGACAGCCGAAUACAAGCGUGUUUGCUGCAAGGGUCCUGGCAUGGGAUGCGACGGCGCCGAUAUCGACGAGUGUGAGAAUGCCGCUGGGAUGAAAAAAGGCAUGUGCGUCAAUGGCAAGUGUCGCAACACAAACGGCGACUACACAUGCGACUGCAACUCAGGGUACAGGAACGACGCGACUCAGAAGCUAUGUCUUGAUAUCAACGAGUGUCUGGAGAAUCCUCGGCUUUGUCAAGGAGGACAAUGCAAGAAUCUUCCAGGAACAUUCCAGUGCACGUGCUCAGGAGGUUUCAUUUACGAUAGCGCUACAGAGAUGUGCAAAGAUAUUGACGAGUGCGCGGACCCGGACCGUUGCGUGUACGGCACGUGUACCAACACGCGCGGAAGCUACAGGUGCGAGUGUCCACGUGGACUUACCCUGGACCCCUCGGGCAGGAUUUGCCAAGAUAAAAGGACCGGUCUGUGCUGGACGAAGAUCGUCAACAACUACUGCGAAGAGUCCAUAACUGGCUCCGUCACGCGCGAGGUGUGCUGUCAGUCACUCGGCAAGGCCUGGGGCAGCCCGUGCGAGAAGUGUCCGGCCAAGAGUAUUCCCCAGAAAUGUCGUCCAGGCUAUGCAGUACAGAAUGAGCCCCGAUGCACAGAUGUGGACGAGUGUACUAUGUACCCGCAGCUUUGCCGAAAUGGCAUCUGCGUGAACACGCCUGGAAGCUAUCGAUGCGAAUGUUCAGCUGGACUUACUCUUGACUCUAUCCAGAAUGCUUGUGUAGAUCUGCGCAAAGACCGUUGUUACAUGACGAUCACUGAGAGUGGCUGCGAAAAGCCGUUCGGUCUGGGCUUGUACAAGAAAGACGAUUGCUGCUGCUCUGCCGUGGGCGCGGCCGGCUGGGGUACCCCUUGUCAGGAGUGCCCGCUUCAGAAUACCGAUGAUUUCCGUGCGCUCUGUGGUACACCGACUAGAGGAUUCCGAGUAACACAAACUCUCACCGGACCGCAGGUCCAAGAUAUCAAUGAGUGCAACACUUGGCAGGGCUUGUGCCGUAAUGGCCGCUGCGUCAACAAACAGGGCACGUUCGAAUGUAUCUGUAACCAAGGUUACGGAUUGACCGCUGACCGUAUGGAUUGUGAAGACAUUGACGAGUGUAGUAUAUCGGCCGGUCUCUGUGGUAACGGCACGUGUACUAACACGCCCGGUGCCUUCCGCUGUGACUGUAACCCAGGCUUCCGCAACGCCCCCAUGAUGAUGGAGAUAUGUAUCGAUAUCGAUGAGUGUGACCACAAUCCCUGUGCCGAUGGCACCUGCUACAACACGAUGGGAAGUUACAAAUGUGUCUGUCCCGAUGGCAUGGAACUCAUGAAAGACGGUGUCAGCUGUGAAGAUAAGAAUGAGUGUAGCGACCCUGGUGUAUGCGUGCACGGUCGAUGUGAGAACUUUAAUGGCGGCUACCAGUGUAUAUGUAACCGUGGGUUUGAGUCCACCGCAGAUAUGAAGGACUGUGUAGAUAUCAACGAGUGCUUGGUAGAUAAUGGUCGAUGUUCCGAGAUGUGUAAUAAUACAUUGGGGAGUUACCUGUGCGACUGCGGUGCUGGCUUCGCCUUGCAACCUGACGGCAGAACUUGCAGAGAUAUUGACGAAUGCAUGGAGCGACCUGAUGUAUGUGGCCCUGGAAACACGUGUAAUAACAUUGAGGGCGGCUAUUACUGCACGUGCGGCAAGGGAUACAAGCAAUCCGUUGAUAGUCGCUCAUGUAUCGAUGUGGACGAAUGCCAAGAGGACCCCCGUCUCUGUACCAAUGGCGUUUGCCGUAACACUCCCGGGUCGUUCGAGUGUCUGUGCGCCAAGGGCUACGCCAUUGCCAAGGGAACCACGGCUUGUGUCGAUGUCAACGAAUGUCAAACUGGCCAGGCCAUGUGCCACGAGAAUGCCCGCUGCGCAAACCUCGUGGGCUCAUACCGCUGUGAGUGCAAGCCUGGAUUCAUUGGCGACGGCUCGAGUUGCACGGAUGUAGACGAGUGCACCACAGGUAUCGCCCAGUGUAGUGAGCAAGGAACAUGCGUCAACACCCCCGGGUCUCAUCGAUGCGUCUGCCAUGAGGGGUAUACCGGGGACGGAAUCACAUGUGUCGAUAUCAAUGAAUGCUUGGCAGAUCCAAACCUCUGUGAACACGGGCAGUGUAUCAACAAAGCAGGCUCUUUCAUGUGCGAUUGUGAGAUCGGCUACCUGCCUACUCCGAACGGAAAGGGUUGUCAAGACAUCAACGAAUGCACGGAGUUCCCCGACCUUUGCCAUCAUGGGACGUGCGAGAACCUUCCAGGAAUGUUCCGAUGUAUUUGCCACAAGGGAUUCCAGCUGACGCGACUAGGCAGCAAUUGCACAGAUAUCGACGAGUGCUCCGUUACUGGAAUGUGUCCAAAUGGCUACUGCGUGAACGAGAUGGGCAGCUACCGUUGUGCUUGUGAGGAGGGAUUCUCGAUUAACAAGGACGGCUCUGGGUGUAUAGACAUGCGCAUGGCACCUUGCUACCUAGACACACGUGGUAAUGACACGUGCCUCAACCCUAUUGGUCCAGUCUACCGUGGUUACUGUUGCUGCACGGUAGGGAAAGCCUGGAACGGGUGUGAGUUCUGUCCGAAGCAAGGCACAGCCGAAUACAACCGUCUAUGCCCGGGAGGUCCUGGGUUUGUCCCUAACCCAAACACGACUGUCAUCGUGGAUGUGGACGAGUGUAAAGAGUUGCCCGAUAUAUGCAGGGAGGGCAAAUGUCAGAAUACCAUCGGUAGCUAUAUCUGCACUUGUCCGAAGGGACUCAGACAUGACCCGAGCUCAGGCAAAUGUAAAGACAUCGACGAGUGCGCGGAGUAUCAUCAUCUGUGCGGGCUCAAAGGCCAAUGUGUCAACACUGUUGGGAGCUACAGGUGUAACUGCCCCCCUGGAAUCGACCUGGACAGGAAAACGAACAUGUGUGUAGAUAACCGGAAGCGGCUGUGUUACCAUGACGUCCAGUCAGGUGCCCUACCUAUCUGUAAGGAACACUUCAGCGUCAACAUCACGCGCCAAGAAUGCUGCUGUACCAUCGGAAAAUCCUACAAAGACGAAAACGACGUCUGCGAACGCUGUCCAACCAAAGAUUCAGCGGGCUAUCAGGUGCUAUGUCUAAGCAAACCCCCUCCCGUCAAUACCAUAGAUAUAACUCUCCCCGUGACUCCUCGUCCCUACUUCACUGGUGUGGCACCGCUCGGGCAUAGUACCGAAUUCAACCCUUUCCCUGACGUAAGCACUGUCCCUGGCCCCACGGGAGCUCCACAAAGGCUUUCUACUAAAGCUGUUUCUACUGUUCUGCCAACAACCGCCUUCACGGGCAUCGACGUUGACGAGUGUAGACUUAUUCCUGAACUCUGUCUGUACGGCCUGUGCAUUAACACACGAGGCAGCUAUAGAUGCGAAUGCCACCUCGGAUACAAGAUUGACGAGAAGGGGAUCAUCUGUAAAGACGUUGACGAAUGCUUGAUGAAUCCUUGUGUGAGUCCCGCCAAAUGCUUGAACACGUUUGGCAGCUUCCUGUGCAACUGCCCUGAAGGAUUUACUCCUGACGUCACGGGACUCAAGUGCACAGAUAUGGACGAGUGUGGGACGCCGGGAUACUGCGAUCACGGCAUGUGUAAAAACAUGAACGGAUCAUUCAGUUGCGUCUGUAACCAAGGUUACCAUUUGACGGACAACAAGCGAACAUGCGUGGAUAUGAACGAGUGCAUCCUGGGUAAAGGGCUGUGUGGUAACGGUACUUGCAUAAAUACCGAGGGCUCAUAUAGAUGCGAGUGUCAUCCGGGAUUCAAACUCAACCGCGGAGGCUUCUGCCAAGAUAUCGACGAGUGCGUGAUGGAGGCUGACGUGUGCAGGAACGGCAUGUGCAUCAACACCGAGGGCUCAUUCACCUGUCAGUGCAUAGCAGGAUACACGUUAUCCGCUGACCGCAGGCACUGCAUAGAUGUCAACGAAUGCCAGGAUGUCCCAGGCUUCUGUGAGAAUGGCCGAUGUACUAAUACCAUCGGUGGUGCACGUUGCGAGUGUGUGGCAGGAUACGCCCUUAACACGGAAGGAAAAAUCACCAGAUGCGUAGACGUGAACGAAUGCGAUGAAAAUCCGAACUUCUGCCGCCCAGGCGGUCGCUGUGUCAACACUCCUGGGAGUUACCGCUGUCUCUGUGACCCGGGCUUCCAAUCCUACAACGGGGGCACUGUGUGUGUGGACGCAAGAGAAGAUUUUUGUUUCGAUGUUUUUGACAAUGAAAACAGUUGCACCAAGCCGAGGCCGAUAAAGAUGACGAAGAGCGUUUGUUGCUGCACGCUCGGAAAAGGCUGGGGCGACCCAUGCGAACUUUGCCCCUCGCCCAAAACACCUGAAUUCAGCAUAAUCUGCCCUAAGGGUGUAGGUAUUGCAAGGAAGAAUGGAACUAGAUUUGAAGAUGUCAAUGAGUGUACGAUGAUGCCUGACCUGUGCCGGAAUGGCGUCUGUAUCAACAACGACGGAAGCUUCCGCUGUCAGUGCAAGAUGGGCUUUAAGCUGGAUGCCUCAGGACACCACUGCGAAGAUAAAAACGAAUGCGUCGAGACGCCUGGUAUAUGUAAGACUGGCAACUGUACGAACAUCGAGGGCUCCUAUACGUGCACUUGUCCUGUUGGCUACGCACCAACUCGUGAUUCCCCAAGCUGCUCAGAUAUUGAUGAGUGUCGAGAGCGCGCCGGUCUGUGUGCUUACAGAUGUAUCAACACUCCUGGAAGCUUCAAAUGCGCAUGUCCAAAUGGAUUCGAACUUUCUACUAACCAGAGACAUUGCAAAGAUAUAAACGAAUGCAAAAAGAACCCGGAGCUUUGUCCAUACGGAUGCAAGAAUUUCGUGGGCGGCUACCGGUGCACGUGCCCUGACGGUUACCGUGGCGACGGACGCACGUGUACAGAUAUUAACGAGUGUCAGGAGCGUCGAGGCUUGUGCCGUAACGGCGCAUGCGUGAACAUUGAUGGUGGCUACGUGUGCAAUUGCAACCCUGGCUAUAAGCGGUCUAAGAACGGCAAGAGAUGUGAAGACCAGCGUAAAGGGCUCUGUUUCGCCACCGUCACUGAUGGCCUGUGUGAGGCGGUUACCAAGCAGAUGAUGCAAGUCAGCAAAAGGGAUUGCUGCUGUACGGCCGGGAAGGCCUGGGGCAUAUCGUGCGAGCUCUGCCCAGCGAAAGACACUAGAGCACACAAUGAGCUGUGUUCCGAUGCAGUGGAGCUUGGCAAUGGUAUGAACGUGUGCGAGAUGACUUCCGGUCUCUGCAUAAACGGGAAAUGCAUCAGCAUUAAGGGCGGCUUCCGGUGCAUGUGCAAUGUCGGCUACAAGCUCUCUAUGAACGGACGUAAAUGCUAUGACAUAAACGAGUGCGAGGGACCGACAAAAGUGUGUCAGUUUGAUUGCAAGAAUACGGACGGUUCGUACGAGUGCAGCUGUCCCAAGGGCUAUCAAGUGGAUGCAGACAAGAAAAAGUGCUUGGACGUGGACGAGUGUAAGACUGGAGCACACAACUGUCAGUACCGUUGCGUGAACACCGUGGGCAGUUUCCGAUGCGAGUGUCCUAUUGGCUACAUGAAGAACGGAGUCACGUGUGUUGAUAAAGACGAGUGCAUGAUGACGCCUAAUCUCUGUGGAGAGGCAAAGUGCGUUAACACUCCAGGGAGCUAUGUCUGUAAAUGCAACAGCGGCUUUGAGUAUAACCCUCAAACCAAGACAUGCGGAGAUAAAGACGAGUGUAAAGGACAGAGUCAACUUUGUCAGUUCGGAUGCGUCAAUCUUAUUGGCUCAUACCGCUGCGGCUGUCAGCCUGGCUUCACAUUGUCUUACUACUGGAACCAGUGUCAAGACGUGAACGAGUGUCAGACGAAUCCUUGCGGAGGAGCCCAGUGUCAGAACACGCUGGGGAGCUAUUACUGCGGAUGUGCCCAGGGAUACAUACUCGCGCCCAAUAGGCAAAGUUGCCAAGACAUCAAUGAAUGCUCAAUGGGAAUAAACCCGUGUAGUUAUGGCUGCAACAACAACAAUGGUGGUUUCAGCUGCGCAUGCCCAAGCGGAUUCUACCCAAUAGGGGAUGGGCAUUGCCUUUCCUCUUUCGGGGAGGCCUGUUACGAAUGCGCCCUCGCCAAAAUCCCUACAGGCGGAGUACCCCUAGUCGACAGCAACAACACAACCCCGACCCCACCCUCGGUAGGUCAGCCAGUACUUCCUGCAGGAGGCGUGAGCCAGCAAGGAUAUGGUCAGCGAAGGAUGCUGGCCGAUCAAGCGUCUGGCGAGAAACAGAUUGCUGCUAACCAGCAACAAGGAGGAGGAUAUCAACAACCUCUUGGAAAUCAGCAGCAGUACAACCAACAGUAUGGACAGCAGUACUACGGCCAACAGCUAUCCGGGUAUGGUCAGCGGCAACAGCCAUCCGGGUAUGGUCAGCGGCAACAGCCAUCCGGGUAUGGUCAGCAGCAACAGCCAUCCGGGUAUGGUCAGUGGCAACAGCCAUCCGGGUAUGGUCAGCGGCAACAGCCAUCCGGGUAUGGUCAGCAGCAACAGUCAUCCGGGUAUGGUCAGCAGCAACAGCCAUCCGGAUAUGGUCAGCGGCAACAGCCAUCCGGGUAUGGUCAGCAGCAACAGUCAUCCGGAUAUGGUCAACAGCAAUCGUACCAGUACCCCUCUUACCAACAGCCCUCAGGGGGUUAUAACUAUAAUUACCAGUCCCCUUACUCGUCCUUGUACCCAGGCGGGCGCAGACGCCGAUCCAGACGUCACAGCAUGCGGGAAUUUAACAUCAAGUAUAACAUCACCACAGGGAACCCAGUAAUGAAGCUCGUUCCUGUGUUGUCGUCUUUGGAAGGUGCAUUCAGGUACGUGAUAGCACAUGGGGACACGGAGCAUUUCAAGGUCGUGUACGUAAAAAAUGUCAUGAGUCUGCGGGCAAGAGGGGUCCUCAAGAAGGGGAAGACAUACGAGGUCUGGCUAAAGGGACUUUAUCGCACCAAGGCUAAAAGCCCCAAGCAUAAUCGGACCAGAAAAGGCAAGGGAAGGAAUGGAAAACGAGACAAAAAGGAAGGGAAGAUUCGACAAAUUGGCGUGGAAGAAGCUAAGAAGUUCUUACUUAAAUUGUUAAUAGAGGUGGUAUAAUGUUCACUGAUUGUUCUUUAGGGAUAAAUUGCAUGUAAAUUUAAGUUCGUAGUGAACGCUUCAUAGAGCUGCUUUCAGAACGAUCUGCAAAGGUUGUUAUUGUGUGCAGCCAGGGCAAAGUGCCCAAGCUAUACGCUCUGCUACGUCAUGUAUUAGUCAGUCAGCAAUUUUCAGAAAGAGAGACUUGAUCCUUUUAAAACUCAUAAAAAAUGUCGGAUUAAGCUCCAAUAUAUUGUUUAAUUAACAGUUUUGGUCCUAAGGGGGUAGGGGGAUGUUCUUGAGUUCCUGAGUUGGAGUGGCCAUGCAUGCUGAUCACAGCUGAGAAGACUAUAGGGAGACUUAAGUUUUCGUGGAUUCUUCGUUUAAGCUGUUUAUUUUCUUUAUUUCUUUAAACAUUUUAGUAGGGCAUGUCCUGUAAUAAUAGUUAAGCAUAGUAGGAGAUAUGUAAAGUCAGCUGGGAAUUCGACCACAGUGUUGUUGACGUUUUUAAAUCCAUCUUGUCAUGGAAUCUUUAAGUAUCGUGAAGUUGCCAUAGCCUGCUGAUGGGAAUAUUUCAUCCACCCUGUUGGAGUAAAACUCGAGCUGCUAAAUCAGCAUUGGCGACAAAACAGAUGGGAGCCCAGAAGAGGUUUCGGGCUCAAUAAUUUUGGAAAGCAUAUCACUUAAUGGCAGUCGUUUUUCUUAAUGGUCUAAAAGCCUGGGGUGAGAGCGGGGAAAACCUGUGAUAUUCUAAAAACGCUAGGGCCUGGGCCUACUUAGUUAGCAUGUUUUAUGUAGAUAAAAGUUGUAAAAAUAGUAAAAGAAAAUUACUUAUAAGAAGUGCUUAUCAACGCGCAUAAGAAAGAGAUGUUGCAUCGAUAUUGUUUCCAUAAUAACAAAUGUGGAUCCUUUCAAGUCAAACGUGUGCUAUCUGCUUGCAUGACCCUAAUGAAUCACGUGCCUUUGGUAUGCCUGUGGAUAAGCAAGUCACGUGCCCCACAGUGCUAAAAUAACUCAAUAAUGCAUGAACAGCAUACGCUGAUAGUGAUGAAGAAAAUAAAGAUAUAUUUACGACUGUUUAA